AUGCCUCGCGCGUCCACGACCAGCUACGGCCAGGUCAUUGAGUACAUCCAAGACCGUCUCUACCUGGCCUCGUACACGUAUGCUCCGGAUGCGUCUACCCCGUUCCCUUACCCCAAGCAGUCGCAGUCGCCUUCCAAGCGCUCGUCGCGCGCCCAUGGCGGCCCUACAGCUCCAGCACACAAGGUGCUCCCGCCCGUCUACUUUAGCAUUGACAAGACACUCUUGUACAAUGCUUUCCAUGGUGACUUUGGCCCACUUCACAUUGGUCACCUGUACCGCUUCGCCGUUCAGCUGCACGAGGUACUAGGCGACCCCGCCAAUGAGGAUCGCGCAGUCGUCUUCUGGAGCAACGCCGACUCGAGGAGUCGCGCAAACGCUGCUUGUAUCCUGGCAUGCUACAUGGUGCUUAUCCAGUCAUGGCCUCCUCACCUGGCCCUCGCACCCAUCGCACAAAUGGAUCCUCCCUGCAUGCCCUUCCGCGACGCCGGCUACAGCCAGGCUGACUAUGUGCUCAACAUCCAGGAUGUCAUCUACGGUGUCUGGAAAGCCAAGGAAGAAGGCCUCUGCGGACUCAAGGACUUUAGUCUGGAGGAAUACGAAAAGUACGAGCGUGUAGAUAUGGGAGAUUUCAACUGGAUCACCCCCGACUUCCUUGCCUUUGCCUCGCCACAACAAAAGCCCACACACGAGAUCCCCGCUUCCUCGCCCAUGUAUGCGACGCUUCCUUCCAACAUUGCCGAGGUUCAAAGAUCCGACCUUCCUAGCCCUUUCAAGAACGUACUCUCACAUUUCUACGCGCGCAACGUCGGCCUCGUCGUUCGAUUAAACUCGGAGCUGUACUCGUCCUCAUACUUCACCAAGCUGGGCAUUCAGCACCUGAACAUGAUCUUCGACGAUGGAACAUGCCCGCCUCUAUCCCUUGUUCGCAAGUUUGUCAACCUUGCACACGAGAUGAUCACUGUACAAAAGCGAGGCAUCGCCGUCCACUGCAAGGCUGGUCUUGGACGAACUGGCUGCCUCAUUGGAGCAUACCUCAUCUACAAGCACGGCUUCACUGCCAACGAGAUCAUCGCCUACAUGCGAUUCAUGCGCCCAGGAAUGGUCGUGGGCCCUCAACAGCACUGGCUGCACCUGAACCAGGGCACUUUCCGCGAGUGGUGGUACGAGGACACCAUGAAGGCCAAGUAUGCUCAGAUGGUACCUUCCACACCCACAAAGUCAUCGCACAAGCAACGCCUUGCUAGCAACGGACAAACCUUCACUCCCCCCAACGGAUCGCAGAAGCGCGCAGCUCUGGGCGAGAUUGAGUCGAACGAGCGAAGCAAUUCAGGACACAUUGGUGUGUUAGACGACAACCUGCCUGCGCCGACACCUGGCCAGCCGCGAAAGACUAGCAAGCUUUACGGCAACGGAUCGCGACAGUCACCCCAGCGCAUUGACGAGAACGAGCCAUUCACAAAGUCGCACACAGAGGUCAGGGCGGAGAUUACACGCUUCGACGGCGAGUCAGACGAGGAGUUCCACCUUCGCCAGAUUGCCCGACGAACAUCGUCGCGUUCGCCCCAGCGCUCGCCCACCCUUAAGGAUAAACAACGCCGUGCUUUCAGCACCACGUCUGUCAUCCAGACUUCGGUAACACACACAUCUUUUGGCUACGGCGAAGAGAGCGAUCUCGAGAACACCGCACCAACCGGCGCGCGGCCAAAGACACCAAAGGAGAAGAGCGGCAAUGGCAGCAUCAGCAUGACCAAGGUGCGAUCAAGUCCUUCGCGGCGAAGCACCGACGGAAAGGCUGGUGUACGAAAAACCAGCGGCCGUGUUGGCAGCGUCGGCAACGCCAUCUCACGAACCAAAGCAUGA